GAGAAGUGCAGAGCGAAGCACAACAACUGGCUAGCGGAAGCUGCAGGUGUAAGAGCGUGGGAAGACACAAGGGGCUGCUGCUGCAGGGCGCUCUAUAAGUGUCUGCCUGGAUUCCCCGGAAGCCAGACAUUGCACCGCUCUUGGUUUCACUGUCUGAUCACUAGAGAUUGUCGUUGUUGGUGCGUAGAAGAGUCUAUUCGUGAAACACGAGCAUAAUCAGAAGGCGUAGGGUUUCGGGAUACAAUCGCCACAGCGUCGCUUGAGUACGUCUUGCAGAAAUGGGUGAAGUACACGUUAGAGAAAAUGCCGCGCCCCACGCCGAGCAAAAUAAUGCAUUGUUCCAGCCCUUGCAAGUCGGACCCUUCCAUCUCUCUCACAGGAUCAUUUUGGCUCCUCUCACGAGAUGUCGAUCUUACGGAGGAAUUCCGCAGCCCCACGCGGCUCUGUACUACGGUCAGCGUACCACACCAGGAGGCCUUCUGAUCGCCGAAGCGACAGGAAUCAAUCCUACAUGCGACGGGUAUCCAUCGACGCCAUCGUGCUACACGGACGAGCACGUCGAAGGCUGGAAGCCGAUCGUGAAAGCGGUCCACGACAAGGGCGGAAUUUUCUUCCUGCAAUUGUGGCACGUCGGCAGGCAGAGCCACACCGCGUAUCAACCGAACGGCAAUCCGCCUCCGUCGUCCACCAAUAAGAAAAUUGAGACUGGAAUGGUGAUUCUGCCGGACGGCAAGACCAUGGAGCCGUUCUCGCAGCCCAAGGCCAUUGAGACCGAGGAGGUGGCCAACUACGUACAGGACUACGUCACUGCCGCCAAGCAGGCGAUCAAGGCGGGAUUUGACGGAGUCGAGCUCCACGGUGCGCAUGGAUACUUGCUGGACCAGUUCAUGAAGGACGGAGUGAACGACCGGACGGAUCGAUACGGAGGAUCGCUGGAGAAUCGGUGCCGGUUUCCACUCGAAGUUGUGGACGCUGUGGUUGCCGCGAUCGGCGCCGAGAAGGUCGGAAUCCGGCUCUCGCCUUUCGCCGACUACGGCGAGGCGCACGACUCGGAUCCCGUCGCGCUGGGCGUGUACAUGGCGCAGGAGCUGAGCAAGCGCAACAUCGUCUACGCGCACUACGUGGAGCCCCGCAUGAAGGCUGCGGGAGAGGUCGAGAACUCGCCGGAUAGUCUGUGGCCCUUCCGGAAAGCGUUUAAGGGCACGUUCCUCGCCGCUGGAGGCUACAACAAGGAGGAAGGUGUCAAGGCCAUCGUCAGUGGCAAGGCCGACGGAAUUGUUUACGGUCGUCUGUUUCUGGCCAACCCUGAUCUUCCCAAGCGGUUCCAGGUCAAUGCUCCUUUGAACAAGUAUAAUCGCGACACCUUCUACACGCAAGACCCCGUCGUAGGGUACACCGAUUAUCCGUUUUUGGACGGGACUUCAUCUUAGAUGCUCAAUAGCUGAUUAUUUGAAAAAAAAUCCACGAAUGUUACCGAAAUUUAUAGAGAGAUUUUCUAGUAGAGUUUCUACAUUAUUCAUUAUGUACAUCCAAUGGUACUGAUUCUUGUUUUCGUACCAUUCAAUAAAUUAUCAUCGCUGAACUUUCAUAUA